AUUUGCUCAGGCAGCAGCGGAUCAGUUGACGCUCAUAUAUAACAUUUAAUCCAAAGAUGGGGUGGACUUUCUUUAUCAUCUUGUUUCUGUAUGUGUCAGUGUGUGAGUGCCGGCGGCUUCCUGAUCCAGAGCCUCUAAUGCAUGGGGCGGUCCAGUCCCCCCAGUAUCCCCAGCCUUACUCUCCCAACUUGCAGGAGCAGUGGGACCUCAGUGUGCCCGAGGGCUACCAGAUCCAAAUCACCUUCACACACCUGGAUAUUGAAGCUUCUACAGGCUGCUAUUACGACGCCCUCACACUUCUCUAUGAUGCAAAGAUCCUGGGAAAGUUUUGUGGCCAGGAGAACUCGGCUGAUGGGCAUCACCCGGGCAGCCAGCCUAUCCCGUCUCCAGGCAACAGACUAACCCUGAUAUUCCAAACGGAUGACAACAACCCAGAGCGCCAUCAAAAUGUGGGCUUUUCUGCACAGUACCAGGCAACAGACGUAGAUGAGUGUUCUGCACCAGAGCCUCGAGAUGGCUCGGGUCCUCUCUGCUCUCAGAUCUGCCUCAACACUGUUGGCUCAUACCUCUGCGCCUGUCACCACGGCUACGAGCUUCGGCCAGACCAGCGCAGCUGUGUGUUAUCCUGCGGAGGAGGUAUAUUUGAUGAGCUAGAGGGACAUCUGUUCAGUCCAGGAUACCCGAGCCCCCCACCUUAUGCUGUGUCCUGUCAGUACAUUAUUUCUGUAGAACCUGGCUUCACUGUCACUCUUAACUUCACUGACAUCUUCCACAUUGAGAGCACGGACACUGUGCAAGGCCCAAACUGUCCCCAUCAUUGGUUGCAGAUGACCAUCCCAGACAGAGAGCCCAUCAAGUUGUGUGGUGGAAAGAGUCCAGGUCAGAUAGUCACCAACUCCAACACUGUCAGACUGGACUACCACACUGAUGAUGAAGGCCUGAGCCAAGGCUGGAGCCUGGACUACAGCACACACAGAGUAAAGUGUCCAUUUCCCGGUAAUAUGGCUAAUGGCAGGGUCACUCCUAUCUUGACUGAAUAUUUCUACAGAGACUACAUCUUUGUGCGCUGUGACCAAGGUUACAAGCUGAUGAUGGACGGUCAGGAGAUCGAGGCUUUCUCUACCAUGUGCCAGAGCGACGAAAAGUGGCACCUCACUCUGCCAAAAUGCCACAUAAUUGAUUGUAGAGAACCUGAACCUCUGCUGAAUGGAGGGGUGACCUUCCUGUCUGGCUUUCAGAAUCAGUACCGUUCUGUUGUCCAGUAUCACUGUAAUGAACCGUUUUACACUCUCCUUGGGGGUAUAAAUGUUGUCUUCACCUGUGAGGCAGACAGAAAGUGGAGACCUAACAACGAUAUCAUUGUCAGUCCAACAUGCAUACCAGUUUGUGGCCAGCCCACAAAACUCAUCUAUGCCUACCAAAGGAUCAUUGGAGGCAGUGAAACUCCAGACUAUGCCAUCCCCUGGCAAGUGCUACUGAGUAGAAAUGGACAAAGAGGAGGAGGCAUGGUGAUCGGAGACCGUUGGAUAAUGACAGCUGCUCAUGUUGUGGUAGUAAUGGGAAAUCCAGUUUCAAAAGAGACCAUACGGAUUUACAUGGGACUUACUGACGUUAACAUCAGGUUGGGCUCUCCUGUGUUGGCUUCCUCGGUCCACGUUCACCCUGAAUACAAUAACUCCAACUCCGUAAACUUCAACCAUGACAUUGCCUUGAUCAAAAUGCAAGACUCGGUCACAUUCAGCUCAUCCAUUAUGCCAAUAUGUUUGCCAGCAGCGGGCGCCACAUACAUCAAUGGCAUGAUGGGACUGGUGUCAGGUUUUGGAAUAACAGAAAUUGACGAUAGACGGAUUUUGACAAAUAAGAUGAAUUAUGUGCACCUCCCUGUGGUGACGCAGGAGACAUGCAGUAAUUCAAUCACUUUGUUGAAGAGGACAAGAAACGGUGUGCCAAGUCUGACUGAGAACAUGUUUUGUGCUGGAGUCCCUGAAGGGGGGAAGGACUCCUGCCAAGGUGACAGUGGAGGACCCUACUCCCUGAGAGAAGACGGACGGUUCUGGGCUGCUGGGAUCGUCAGCUGGGGGAUUGACUGCGGAAAGCAGGGAACAUAUGGAGUCUAUACCAGAGUCGCCAACUACAUAGACUGGAUCAAUAAAACGAUGCAGGAGAACUGA